UAAAACCGGAGAAGACGAGGUAUUUUCGUUAAUAACUUUAAUACAAUCAGAAAAUAAGUUCGACUUGUGGUUUUGACAGUGGUGAGGAUUUUAAAGUUGACUCUCACUGAGAGGGAACGACGCACACCACAGCAUCGACUCGUUAUCAGAGCCGUGAUGUCUGGACUAAAACGCGAUUGGUAUGACCACAGAUUAGAGAGACCAUCGGUGGGCUACAGCAGAGCAAAGCCUGUGGAAUCCAUCGUCUAAAGCUAAAAAAUCUUGUACGUAUGAGAUAAGAAAUUUAUAAUAAGAGACUUUAUUAUCAUUCAAUGCGAGAUAAAGAAGCCAUAACGAGAACCUCGUCAAUAAUUCAUAUGCCAACGACGUUCAAUUGCAAUUCUGCUUGUGUAUGGAAUGUCAGUUACUACUUCCAAGAAACUUUCAAGAAACACGUACUACAUUCGCUGGAUAUAAGGUCAAAGCUGGAGCGAUUCGGAUAUGGGCAAACUGUCUGCACUGGCUGUGAUAACAUUAAUGUCACUCUUCAUGUUUUUGUGGUAUCAAGAAUAUAUUCAGAGUGUAUGUGUCAGUACGAUGCUAUGUAGCGGAUAUACCCAAGCCGAUGAGAUUGGGAUACUUCACACACAAGACACAAACAUACAUCACCUCAACAAUUCUGGGACAAUCUUCCAAAAUAAAUCCAUACAGCAUUUGGACAACACAUCGAAAACAGUGCCAGAUAAUGUAAAUACUAAAGAACACGUAAGUGAAAACUAUAUUCAGACCAGGAUAAUACCACGCAGUGAAACAAAUACAAGUGGAGGAAUGUUAAAAAGGAUUCGGCCUGAAGAGGACCCAAAUAAAAUACAGGACCUCUUUAAAGCCACACACAGACCCAGUCCCGUGAGAAAUAUCACCGUCCCAAAAAUGACCUCUAUCGAAAUUGAACCUACUGCCGGAGACAAACACAUUAUUUUCAUCGAAACGCGGUGUUUAUUAGACGAGUCACAAAGUCGUAGUGACCCGGGUCUUUCGUUACAUAAACGACAAGCUUGCGUCAUAGAAUCAGCUGCUAAGAUGAACCCUGAUUAUAAAGUGUAUCUCUUGUAUUCCUGUCCGAUAAGUGGGAGACUCGAUGAUUCAAGCGAAUACGUUAAAACAAUUUUUACAUACCCUAACGUGAAACUAUGGAAACUUAACAUAGCAAGACAUUUCUCGGAAACGCCUCUGGAGAAAUGGGACUUCCGGGCAGCGAUUAAGUCAUCAGAGUGGCCAAACGAACACUCCAGUGACGUGCUUCGGUUCCUGACACUCUGGAAAUAUGGAGGCACUUAUCUUGACCUGGACGUCGUCAUUCUCAAGUCGCUGGAUAAACUGGGCACCGACUACGUAGGCGUGGAAUCACAGGACUCGAUAGCAAGCUGUGUCCUGAGUUUUGCAUCCAGCGGUAUCGGACACGCAGUAGCAGAGAGAUGCGUGGAUGAGCUUCUGACGAACUUCAGGGGAAACAUCUGGACCCACAACGGCCCUGGGCUCAUCACCAGAGUGCUCUUGAAGAUGUGUCACAGUCAAAUCGUUCCACAGCUGUCUACCAGUAGGUGUAAAGGAUUCAGGAUUCUGUCCGAUAAGGAAUUUUUCCCAAUUCCGUAUCAGAAUUGGGAGCUAUUCUUCAACAGCUCUGCAAGUGAUGAAACUAUGGAAAUAAUAAAGGACAGUUUCGGUGUUCAUGUAUGGAACAAGUUGAGUAAAAACAGUGAAAUUAUUGUUGGGUCAAAUCAACCCUACAGCCUCAUGGCUGCCAGGGCAUGUCCACGAAUGUAUUCCGUAGCUGGUCAUGACUUCUGACCUCAUGGCUCGAGCAUCAAAUACUACAGACUGACCACAAACGAAAUUUUAAAGGACGUAUUACUUUUUAUUCAGGCCACACAUUGGAAAAUGAAUUUCCCGUGACGGUGGCCCAGCAUUCACGUUUUUGUUCAUAAGUGUUCGACGUGGAAUCCACAGCGUAUCUACACCGAUACUCAUCACAGCAUCACGGAUUCUUUCUCGCAAUUCUGGACCUUCGUCAAGGACAGAAUUUUUAGGAUUUCAGAUUAUCACGGCGGUGAGUCUGAAGAUGGCGAUCGCCCUGAUGAUGGAGGCAGCAAAGACCUCUGAAACGUCGGUAAACUCUACCAGACUACACGGCGCAACAAUCUAGAAGAUAGCCAGCAAUCUUCAGAUAAAAUCUGUGUAACUCCGAUGCUGCAUUUCUUAAGGGAACAGCAGAACAUACGACGAGACUGCAUUCGGAUGGGACGCGUGCCACAUCGCCGUGGACACUACGACGAGCGUCUGUAAACAAAAACUUAAAUGUCGAGGCACUUUGAGGCGCAAACCGUUUUCCACUGUCGGUAUAUAACUCGAAUAAAAAACUGAUAUGCAUUUUAAAUUUUACUUUAAAUUGUUGUCAGUCUGUAUAACCAAGGGAAGUGUUGUGAAGUGUAACAGCAAGAAUUAAGGACACGAACAGAAGGACGGUAUGAGAAAAGCUGUGACACCGUGUUAAUUAAUUAGGCAACGAAAAUGUUGCUUUUACAGACCAAGCUAUGAGGAGCUGCAGAUAUUUUAAAAUUGAACAUAAUUUCAUAAGAAGCCAAUGAUUUCCUGUCAGCCGCCUCUUAUCCAACGACGUGAGGAAAUAUAUUCCGGAUGAAAAAGCUUAGCGCCGAGGUUAAAAACUAGAACUUUACUUCAGCUCGCUUGUCAUGACGUGUUGCUUAUUUCAGCACAACCUAACACUUCAGGGACAACUUAACACUUUUAUCACCACUGACAAAGGUCUCAGGGGUGUACAUGGCAGUGGUACACUCACAGUAAAUUAUCAGUCAGUGAUAACCGUAUCAGUAAAUCCCCGCAUGCAAGUUACACCCAGUUUCCUGCUAUUUAAACCUGUAAGUGGUUAGCGUGCUCGCCACUGGACCUAAGGUUCGCGGGUUCAAACCCGGCCGAGGUCGAUGGAUUUUUAAGGGUGAUAAACUUCCUUCGGAGGGAAAGUAAAACCGGUGGUCUCAUAUCGUA